AUGUGGGAAAUUUACAAAACGGCCAUUAUGUUUGAAGAGCUGCCCUUUGCCUUCUCCUUUCUCCCAGGCAGUAAUUACAAACCUAUUCGAGAUGUUGCAGCCAACGAUAUGGCCUCUUUUAUGGCAUUUGCAAUUGUUUGCACCACAACAUUUGUCGUCGUCUUAUCGCUGUAUUUGCUUGCACAGUCACGCAUCAAGACCCAGCGAGUCCCUUCAUCCAUUGGACAUGUGGGACUCCGGAAUGAGGCAUUCGGAACUGUAAGGGCCUGCAUCCGUGAAUUCACAAGUGGUCUACAGACGAUGGCCUCUGGUUACAAGAAGUUCUCGGAAAAAGGAGAGCCGUUCAUAAUGCCCACGCCAAGCUUUGAAACGCAUAUCAUGCUGCCCAGAGGAUACAUCAAAUGGUUAACCGACCAACCAGAAGACAUUCUGUCUCAUGGAAAAGUCCAUGGCGAGAAGCUAGGGCUUCGUUAUCUGUUUCCAGGGUUUGAUUAUACCACCGAUAUGGCGAUUGCAACCGCCAUUCGUCUUCAUUUAACCCGCAAUCUUGCCACAAUCCAGGAUGACUUAAUGGAUGAAAUUCAGUCUGUAACUGAUACUAUUCUUGGACUCGAUGACCAGUCUUGGACAGAAGUCAAUCUCUUCACAUCGAUGAGUUCCAUCGUAUCCCAAUCAAGUGGGAUAGUAUUUUUUGGACGGUCUCUCAGCUCCAACGCGAGAUUUAUGCAAUGUAUGCAGAGAUUCGGAGACAUCUUUGGUGCAGGGAUACUAUCUGUUGGCCAACUCACACCUCGAAUCUUUCGCAGAAUGGUUGGUUCGUUAUUUCUUGUGCCAUUAUCUUACUAUCUGGCUGCGUGCACGAGAUACCUUUGGCCUGUGUUUGCCGAUCGAUUGAAAAGCAUGAAUCGUGACAAACAUGACAAUGCCUUCAGUUAUGAAGCGCCUAAAGAUCUUAUUACUUGGAUGCUGCGGGCCGCCCUCGACACUAAAGCCGCAUCCAUUGAAGACCCUGGACCGCUGGUAAAGCGAUUUACGCUUGUGACAUCCGGCGCAAUAUCAUCCUCAUCGGUGACGGUAACAAACACGUUGCUUGACAUCCUGAGCUCUGAUCCAAAACUCCAUUACUAUCAAACUCUCCGUGAGGAGGCUGAAUCUGUCUUCCCAGCGACGGGAGACCAAAAGCGGCCAAGUGCCUCUCUCAAACUUCAUCGUAUGGACAGUGCAAUUCGAGAAAGCCUGAGAAGGAACCCUAUCCUUGUGCGAGGUCUCUGGAGGGAGCAGCUGGAACCCGGUUAUCUGACUCUUCAUAGCCCAGGUCGAUGGUUUGCAUCGCACCACAUCAAGCUUGUGUUGGCGUACAUCUUUCUACAUUAUGACAUCCAGGGCAUGCCGGAACGCCCUCUCAACCACAUAUGGGGUGAGCACCCUAUUCCUCCUCCAGGGACCGUGAUCAAAGUGAAAAGGAGGGCAGUCGGUUGA